AUGCUGCGGCUCCGUGAUUUCUCCCGCAGUUUUGGCUGCUUCCUCAGCCCGGGGCUGGAGUUCACCAAAUCCCAGCCCCCCUUCCCCGGCCGGCCUCCCCUUCUCCCCGCUCUCCCACUCUCACUCCCAACGUCCUCUCUGCUCCCCAAAUCCCUGACCCCACUCCUGGAGCGCCUGGCCCGGCUGGGCGCGCUGCUCAGCUUCGCGCUGCUGGCGGCCGCUGUGGCCAGCGACUACUGGUACGUCCUGGAGGUGGCGGACGCCGGCAACAGCACCGGGCGCGCCGUGCGGCUGUCCUCGCACUCGGGGCUCUGGCGCGUCUGCAAAGGGCAAAACAGCUGCAUCCCCCUGAUCAAUCCCUUUACCAGUGAGAACCUGGAUGUCCCCACCUCAGUGCAGCACCUCAUCUCCCUGCACCGAGCUGUCAUGGUGACCCUGCCCCUGAGCCUCGUCCUCAUCGUGUGUGGCUGGAUCUGCGGCCUCUUGGGCUCCCUGGCGCGGAGUGUGGUCCUCCUCUUCUUCACUGGCUGCUACUUCUUGUUAGGAGCGAGUGGUCCCCCUGCCCCCACCCCUGGUGCCCUGACCCUGGUAGGGGUCAGCGUCUACAUCAGCUACUCCCACCUGGCCUUCGCCGAGACCGCCCGCCAGUACGGCCCCCGGCACGUGCAGGACGUCCGCGUCAGCUUCGGCUGGUCUCUAACCCUGGCCUGGGGCUCCUGCGCCUCCGAGGCGCUCAGCGGCUUCCUCCUGCUGGCGGCAGCCCGAGCCCUCAGCCUCAGCUGGCAGCCGGGGGACCUCCACUCUGUGGUCAUCUGA